CGAUAUCUUAGCCAUUUUGGACUUUAAUUUAAAUGAAAAAGGUCUAAUAAUGCCUAGGACGAAAGCUGAAAGUCCUCGGUUAAGAUAUUUUUUGGUCGCGUCCUUACCUACACGUGUCUUGUUGCGAUUGAACAGGUCGAAACGGGGUAGGGGUUUGUCGUUUUGACUGGUGGAAUCUAUUUGCGUUUGAAAGUUAUUCUCUCUAGGGCGAGGGCGAGAAAUCACCACUCUCUGUCUCGAUUUCGCAAUUGCCUCGGUUAUUCCCACGGCGAACGGCUCCCUUGACUCCCUCGACACCGAUCUGCUGUCUCACGGCGAGAAGCUUCAACUCUGUGUCUCGAUUUUGAAAUUGGCUCGGUUAUUCCCACGGCGAACGUCUCCCUCGACUCCCUCGACUCCCUCGACCCCCUCGACUCCCUCGACUCCCUCGACACCGAUCUGCUGUCUCACGGCGAGUACCUUCAACUCUCUCUCUCGAUUUUGGAAUUGGCUAGGUUAUUCCCACAGCGAACGGCUCCUUCGACUCCCUCGACACCGAAAAGGUAUUGAUUUGCAUGUAUUGAAUGAUAUACUAGCGAUUGAAUGAUAGAUAUGUUGAUAGAUUGUAUUGAAUGAUAUACUAGCGAAAUCUUUUAAAAAAAUUUGAUUGAGAUCCACUUGUUCUCUUUCAUAGAUUGUAUUGAUGAUAGAAUCGUUGAUUAGAGCUCAAGUUUUUCUUGUUUUAAGUUCAAUAAUAGGUUCAAUGUCCUAAUAUUUCCAUGUUGGUAUUGAUACAUAACAUUGAUUAGAGCUCGAUUAAGAAGUUUUUGCGGUUGUAUUGUUUAGAAUCCACUAGUAUUUGUUGUUAUUGCUAUAUUUGGCGUUUGCCGUUGUAUUACCACAUUCAUUAGAGCUCGAGUUGUUGUUAUUACCACAUUCAUUAGAGGUCGUCAUUUAGAGUAGUAGUUAUUUCUAUAGCUCCAGUAGUGGUUUAACUCUGCUAGUCGUAGUGUGAAUGGCACUGAUUUGACUCUACUUGUUAAUGCUAAAGUGAGUAGACAGGACAAGUGUGAUUGUAACUAAAGUGAGUAGUGGUUUAAUGGUAUUGAAGUUUGGUUGUGGUACAUAGUUUGUUUAGUUGUGUUGACAAGGAAAGAAGUGUGGUUUGUUUUGUAUGAGCGGAAGUUAGGUUUGCGUAUUGAAGUUCCACUUAAUGAAAUUGAGAAAAGUGUAAUAACUUCUGAUUAGACAUAGGUAGAUGGUAGUUAGCUGUUGUUACUUAUUGCUUGUUAGCUUUCAAAUUCAAAUAAAUUCCUGCCAUAGUUCAUUCGUUCUGCUCAUCCACACUCUUAUUUUUUUUAAAAAACAUCAUUUGUCAUUCCGUUUUUUUUUCGAAAAAUAUUUGUGCUAUGGAUCCAAGGAUUUCAACUACCCAGUAUUCUAGUUAUGUAGAGUUUCUUCAGAGUCAAAGUCAAAAUGUCGUAAGUGAAAACUUUCCUUAUGAAAGUUUUCCUCAUAGUAGUGUACACACAGGAGCCUCAGAAAUCCCCCCUUUUAGUUCCCAACAAUCCGAGGCUCCAUCUCCAGCUGAAGACACUCCCACGGAGCGUCAGGAGAGAAAGAAGUGGACACCAGCUGAUGACGAGGUACUCAUCAGCGCCUGGCUUAACACAUCUAAGGAUGUUGUUGUGCGAAUUGAUCAGAAGUCAGGGACAUUUUGGAAACGAGUGGGAGAGUACUACGCAGAAAGUCCUCAUGUUCUAGUAGGAGGUGACAAGACUAAGCAUAACCAUUGUAAGCAACGGUGGCAUAAGAUCAAUGACUGGACGAACAAGUUUUGUGGAGCAUUCGCUGCUGCUGAGAGACAAAUGACGAGUGGACAGAAUGAGACCGACGUUCUCAAGUUGGCUCAUGACAUCUACUACGCGAACCACAAGCAGAAGUUUAGUGUUGAGCAUGCAUGGUGUGUCCUCAGAUAUGAACAGAAGUGGAUAAGCUUGAACCCGAGUAAAACACAUACCAGUUCGAAGAGAAAAACAAGUGAGUCUGUGACGAGGUUACAGCAGCAAUGGGACUGGAUUACAGCUAUACGCAGCUGUCUGCUUCGGAGGACUACGGUUUAGGAGACUCAGCAGACAGUGGCUACAGCCAGACCGAUGCUGAUUUUGAAGCUGCUAUAUUGAUGGACCAAGCUGAGAUUGAAGCCUCGCGGGUUCAGUACCCUCCACAGCCUGAGGUCGAGUUCGGCCUCCCGAGGGAAUGCUACUGUGGUGGCGAACCGCUUUUAGCCACAUCAGUCAUAAGGAAUGAUCCGGGGAGAAGGUACUACACCUGUCGGAACGUCGAGGACGGAGACUGCCACGUUUGGAAGUGGUGGGACGUCGCGGUAAUGGAGGAGGUGAGAUGCAUGGGUACGCAAGUUUUUCAGCUCUCUGAUAAGGUAGACCAUCUAGCAUCUUUGAGUGACUAUGAGUCAGAAGUAAACCAGGUAAGAGAUAUCAAUUAUGAGAUGGUGCUGAAGUUGGCUGAGCUUGAGAAGAUUGUUGGUGACUUACCUAGAACUGGUAAUAGGCAUGGCUUUGAACUCGUAGUAGGUGUGAUGUUCUUUGUAGUACUGAUAAUAGUCAUGGUCAUAAUGUUUAAGUAGGUAGUUGUAUGUCCAGUAAACGAUUAUGUAGUGCUUAAGUUGUAUGACCAGUAAACGAUUAUGUUUAAGUAGCAUGGCUUUGGCUAUAUUUUGAACGAUGUUGUAAUAUCAUUAUCAAGCUCGAACUCGUACUAGACAAUAUUUUGAACAAUAUUUCUUAGGUGUUAUUACUUUAAAAAUGGAAAUAUGUUUUAUCUUA